CAAGGAUCAUACCUGUUUCAAUUUUUUUUUGGUGAAUUUUAUCUACUUUAACUGCUACAUUUGACUAGUUAUCUGCCCGUCAACGGCUCUGUGAUGAUUUGGUCGCUUGAGUUUCGAAACGGGCUUCCAUUUUUUAGGAUUAGGCGUGUUAUGAAUCCUGCGAUUCUAGAUUAAGUAGAAAAAUGUAUAAUUUGCAGCAGUGGCGAGCAUAUGAGAGUUUUGAAUUGUGUAAGUGAAAAUUUCUAUUUGCAUACGUCUCACUAGAUUCUAGCCCUUACCAACCGGAUGAAAUUAUCCAGUCUUAAUCCUUUGGUUUGUUAGUGUUAGCCACCAUUUUUAUCUUCUUAUUGGUAAUGUGCCCCAUCCGCACAAAUUUUUGGACAGUCUACAGGAUUUGAAAGAUUGAAUUAUUGUUUUACUUCAAAAAACUUAUCCAGUAUUUUAUAACUUAAAUCUGUAAUUCAAUCAAAAAAUCCACCGAGCCAAGUAUAUUGCUGUCUAUUGCAUGGUCAGUAAAUUUAGGAAAAUGAAAAAGAGGAAAAUAGUAAAGCUAAUUUUUUGGGUUCAAGUCUAGGCUGCGGCACAAAACUUGGAUGUCUUGUUGUAGCAAGAGGACAUUUUCACUUUACCUUGUAUCAUUAUCACUUCUUUGUUGGGCUGUGGUCCAGCUGUAAAAGGAUUGAGAUUUAAACUUUUAAACCAGAGUUAAUUCGCAGGGUACCGUUUGUUUACUAAGCCAUACAUUUUCUGCAUCCAGCAGUUUCUCCUGGUAGGAAAACAAGCAUAUCAUCAACGGUCAACUUAUCGUAGAAGAAUUGGAUUCGUGCAACUUUGAUGAGCAAAAGUGAACUGCCUAGGAAGAUAACUGUAGCCAUUGGUGUCAAAUUAGCUGUGGUCUCGCAGUAAAUUAAUGAAAAUUUGUUUGGUCUGGCAGUACAUUGGAGGAACUUUAUUACAUCUGUCCCUCGUUGAUUUCAAGCAUAUUCCUGCUUUCCAGAUUGCAGUCCCUGAAGUCCUUAAUUUCCCUGGAGUUAAUGAGAACUAAACACGUUCGUUAUUGGAGUAUUAUUUAGUUUGUUAAGAAAAAAUUUCUUAUAAGCAAUCUAUUUCUUUUCUGCUUUUGCAUUUCUUAUCCCUUCAUGGCUACCCUCUUUUUAAUAUUAUUUAUUCGUAAGAAGAAAAGGGGUUCACCUAGCACAAAAUGCUGCCAUCAAUGGUUAACUAUCUGAGAAGAAAUGGAUUCCUGUAUUCUAAUAGACUAAGAAAAAACUUAUUCUUGGAUUUUGACAUGCUAAAAGAAAUGGACUCUUGCAUUCUGGUAGAGUAUACCGGCAUCGGCCUUCUUUGAACCUACAAUCUUGCAAGGUACUUCUGAAUACCGGAUUCUCCCUUUUCACAUGUACUUGACCUCAGAGAAAAAAUUUCCAAUUUUUCGCAAGUGGCAAAAUAUUAUGUUAUCUGUGGAGGCUGACCAGAUUAAGAAGAUCUGCUGAGUACUUGUCAACAUGAAAGGAAGAAAAAAAGGAGAGACGGGCAGUUGGCUUGAAAUCUAUUUUCUCCAAUGUACAUGUCUGCAGCUCUUUUGGCCAGCUAUUGUAAUGAAGAAAUGGCUCAAUAUCAAGCCAAGGGAGGAUGAGUUCAGUGCUGAUGAAAAGGAUACUGAAAGCGAGAUUGAUGAUGAUGAAACUAGUUGUGUUGAGAAGGAAACAGCUAGUAGGAAUGGCGGAAACCAUACCGUUUCACGUUUUCAAGCUACUGGAACUCCAUCCGAAACUUUUUUGUGGAGACUAAAAAGAGGAAAAUCAGUGACAAUGCGGUCCCAGUACAUAGAUACGAAGGAACUGAAGAUAUUAGUAGGUACCUGGAAUGUUGGAGGAAGGCUUCCGCCAGAUGAUUUGGAUAUUGAGGAAUGGUUAGAUACAAAAGAUCCUGCAGAUGUGUAUGUGCUCGGACAAGGUGUGCAUUAUUGCAGCUUCCAAGAGGUGGUUCCUUUGAAUGCUGGCAACAUUUUUGGUGCAGAGGAUAAUAUCCCUGUCUUGAAAUGGGAAAAUCUACUUCGCAGCACAUUGAACAAAACCCAACCUAAUAAAUCCAAGUUUAAAUGCUAUAGUGCUCCCCCUUCCCCAUCAAGGGUUAAUGCAUCUGACAUCAUUGUAGAUGAAAUAUUAUCUGAGAAUGAUGUAGCUAAUGAAGAUGUUAGCAUAUUACCUCAUCAACGAGAUACCCCUGUUGAUGUUCAUGCAGCCAAUGAUCCUAUAUAUCCUAGUAAUCUAUACAAUGUCAAGAAACUCUCCAGCAAUAUGGGGAGAAAACAAGCGACCUGGCCAGAGGAAUUAUUAAACUCGGAACUGCACCAUUCCAAAUCCAAUGUUAAUUUGAGAAGGGUCUGCAGUGAUUCUGGAAGGAUCAAAUCAGGGUGCACGGAGCCUCAAGAGACACAAGCUUUACGAUCUAGAGCUAAAUUGGGGAGGAUUUACAGCAUGUCUGAAAAGAUUAGUUUGAGCUGGCCAGAACAGCCACUGGAUUUGGAAGCAGGAGAUUCACUGUCCAGUGUUAGCUCCUUCAAAAAUAUUCAUCUCAAUGAAGAGCUAAGGAAUUGCCUGGAGACAUUUUCUGUAAUAGGUGCUGAUGCAAAAUCUAAAAAUCCCAAAAGUGUCAUGGCAGGCUAUGUACGAAUAGUUAGUAAGCAGAUGGUUGGAAUAUUUGUAUCUGUUUGGGUUCGUCGAUCACUCAGGAGGCAUAUCAACAACUUAAAAGUGUCUCCCAUUGGAGUUGGUGUGAUGGGCUACAUUGGUAACAAGGGAUCUGUUUCGGUUAGUUUGUCCAUCUAUCAGACAAGCUUUUGCUUUGUGUGUUCACACUUAACGUCUGGUGAGAGGACAGGGGAUGAGUUAAGAAGGAAUUCUGAUGUACUAGAAAUAUUGCGUCGGACACAUUUCCCUUCUGAUUCUGGAAUUAAACUACCUCAGACCAUUCUUGACCAUGACCGAGUAGUCUGGUUUGGAGACUUGAACUAUCGCCUCAAUAUGUCAGAUGAUAAGACACGAGAGCUUAUUGCCAAGAAAGGUUGGAAAGAGCUUGGUAAUUGCGAUCAGCUAAAAAAACAGUUGCAGAAGGGGCUUGUCUUUGAUGGAUGGUUUGAAGGAUUAAUAAACUUUCCCCCGACUUACAAAUAUGAAUUUAAUUCAAAUAAAUACUUCGGUGAAAAUUCAAAAGCAGGAGAGAAAAGACGAACCCCUGCAUGGUGUGAUCGUAUCCUUACGUUUGGAAAGGGAAUAAGGCAACUUUCAUAUAAGAGAGUUGAACAAAAGCUCUCAGAUCAUAGGCCCGUGAAUGCAACUUUCUUAGUUGAAGUUGAGAUAUUUUGUCGGCGGAAGCUUCAAAGGGCUUUGACAUUCACAGAUGCAGAGUUGGAGGCUGAAGAGUUACCAGCUGAAACAGAGGAUUUCCCUUUGUUGCAACAAUAGGAAUGUUCUGGCAUUGCAUCUCUUUAGUCAAAUACCUGUAAAUGGUGCAAGAUAUCAGUCUUGGUUCAAGGUACCCUGAUUGAAGAAGUUUCUGUUUUGUAUUGCCUUUCCAAGCAAUCUGAAUGGUUAAUUGUUGUUUGACAUUUCCUUUGUAUUCUUAUAUUUAACAUUACAUUUCCCUUCCAAUAGUGAGUCACAUGAGUAAUGCGUCCAUCAAAUUCCGCUUAAUCUAGGAGAGAUGGAUUCUUCCUUGUCAAUCCUUAUCUGACCCUUUGAGGGUAAUGUUGUUCAUUAAUUUUUGUUUUCUUGGAGACAAUUCCAAUAAGUCAGUAUUUGUAUAAUAUUUGUACUUCUUUUAAAUGAAAGUUUUCUAUUGUUCUUUUCCAAUAA